CCCGUGACAACUAACCAGCUCGGUAGUGGUCCAGAGUGACCCGCGAGCAGUCUGAUAGUGUGGUAAUACAGCCCGAGACUCAAGAAACAAGAAAUGUAAAUAUGCCAAGCCUUAUAUAGCAUUGUCCGAUAGCUGGAGACAAUCUUCCCGGUUGAUGAGUGGUGGUGGUUUUGGCUGUCACUGAUAACAUCAUGACAGCCAUCGUCCGCCCUCUGGAACACCGUAUCUACUCCUGGUUGAUCGCCAACACCACCAGACCAACCAACGACACCCACUUCCCCGGCCCCCAGCCCACAGGAGCCGUCGAGGUCGACUGGCUGCAGGGAAUCGACCUUCCGCUCCAGGAUGUAUCUCUAGGCACAACCACUCUCCUGGCAUUGGUGACAUGCUUCCAAGGCACAGGAAGACUCCUCCGUUCCACGAAUUCUUUGACUGAGAAGUGGAAUGCUACGUUCCACGAUGUCGUCGUUGUUAACACCUUCAAGACGUUUUUGGGACUCGCCCUCCUGUUGGUGUCAGUGCCGUUGGUGCUUCCUAUUACAUGCAUCUUUUGGGGGUGUUCCUGUUGCGUCAGUCUCCUCUAUACCCUCAAGUUUGGAUCGUGCGUCACGAAGGUCGAAGGAAUGGAUAACAUGUGGGGCGUCGAAUCUCAAGAAAGUCGACCAUUUAUCACAAUCUCAAUCGUACUGUCCGGCGUUCCGAACCUCGACAAAAUCACUCGACACAUCCAAACAAUGAUCAUGGACAAGAAAGACUCCAAGGGAGAAUAUAAAUACAAAAAAUUUCGACAGGUCUUUUCUCAGACUUACGGCUACAACUCGUGGACCAACGUCGAGGACUUCAAGAUAGAGAACCACGUGCGGGUGAUCAACUUGCGCAAGCUGUACUCAUCAGAGGCUGACUCGGGGAACACUUCGCAUCAAGCCGAAUCCCAUAGCGCUGACGCGGCUCCGGCAGGUCCCACUCCAGCCACCAAUGUUGACGACGAUGAGUUGGUACUUCGAUACUUGAAUGAGGAGGGCGAGGCGGCACUCCCCCCCGACCGUCCACCCUGGGAGAUGAUCCUGCUCGCCAGAGAAGAUAACAGGUACAACGCUGUGGUCCGCCUCCACCACGCCAUCGCCGAUGGAGUGUCGUUGAUUCGUCUGUGGAUGGAAGCGCUGGUGGACACUCCCCUUCAACCACCCCGCGUCGGCCCACCUCCCCCCAGCACCAUCGUCAGAGCGGCCUUGAUGGUGUGGUCGGCGCUGGUGCUGCCUCUGGGACUGCUGAAGGUGGUGGCCAACUUCGACUACAACAGCCUCCACGGUCGCCCCCUCUCCGGCAGGAAGGUGAUGGCAGCGUCGAGAGCCAUGCCGCUGGCGAUGCUGAAGAAGGUGAAGUUGGCCGCCCACGCCACCGUCAACGACGUCCUCAUGACCUGCCUGGCUGCCGCCCUCUCCAAACACUUCUCCCGCAGGUCAGAGGACGUGCCGAAGGUGACGGCCGCGAUCCCAGUCAGUCUGCACGGCGGGCGGCAGCCUAGUGCGCUCACCAACUGCUACUCCGUCGCCACCGUCAACCUCCCGGCUGGCCGAGCCCUCACCCCCACCGCUAGGCUGGCAGCCACUAAGAAGGUGCUGGACGGGAUGAAGCGAGACCCGACCCUGGAGGCGGUGUUCUGGGUGGUGAGGGUGAUCAGUCAGGUCCUCCCAGCCCGCGUGGCCCAGCUCCUGGUCUCCGGCAAGGGGGUGACCCUCGCAGCCAGCAACGUUCCAGGUCCCCAGCAGGAGGUCUCUGUGUGGGGCGACACAGUCGAGGAUCUACUCUUCUGGGUGCCCAAUCGUGCCCCCGUGGGAGUGGGCGUGUCCUUCGCCAGCUACAUGGGCGUGGUCAGGGUGGGUGUCAACGUUGAUGACGCCCUCAUCCACUCACGCCAGGAGGCCCAGGUGCUGCUGCAGGACAUGGAGGACGAGCUCCACACCCUCUACCACUACCUCCUGCUGGAGGAGUAGCUCCAGACACCCCUGUUGGAGGAGGACCUCCACAGACACCUGUUGGAGGAGGACCUCCACAGACACCCCUGUUGGAGGAGGACCUCCACAGACACCUGUUGAAGGAGCAGCUCCACUGUGAACACUGGUACACUGUGAACACUGUGAGCACUUGUACACUGUAA